CUUAAGGCAGGCUCCCUGGAUUGCAUGCUAUCCAAUCAGAUAGGGAGCUUGCCCGUGACGUCAGAGAGGCGGCUCUAUAAAAGGGCCACCGUCCCUGAGGAGCCGCCGUUCUCCUUCCUUGGAGACUGCCCUGGCACCGCCUGUGACAUGGCUGAGCCUGUCGCUGAGCCUUCCUCUGAGGAAAGCCUGGGCACCACGGAGCCCGCGGAAGCCGACCCGAAGAGCCCGAAGCAGAAGCAGCCAAGGCCCCGCCGCCACCGCCGCCGCUGCCUCGACAGUUUCGCCACCUAUUUCCCCAGGGUUCUGAGGCGGGUUCACGAGGGCCUGAGCCUGUCUCAGGAGGCCGUGAGCGUCCUGGAUUCCUUCGUGAAGGACAUCUUCGAGCGCAUCGCCGGCGAGGCCGCGCUCCUGGCCCGCUCCACCAAGCGCUCCACCAUCUCGUCCAGAGAGAUUCAGACCGCCGUGCGCCUGCUGCUGCCGGGGGAGAUUGGCAAGCACGCCGUGUCUGAGGCCAGCAAGGCCGUCCUUAGGUACACCAACCGCCGCUGAGCUGCCUCAGGAGCACCUGAGCAUCGUAACCCAAAGGCUCUUUUCAGAGCCACUUGGCUUGGCAGGAAAAGAGCUGUAGCUCGAAAAGGGCUAGUAGUUGGGUCUUGUGGCGUUCUGCCGAUAGUUAAAGCAUUUUUUUAAACCCGUAACUAAAUAUCAUCAACUCUAGUAUAUCUGUGGUAGCAUUUGUUCGAGGGAGAACGGGCCGUUGUCCAUAACCAUAUUGUAUUAAAUAGCUUUUCUAAACGUCAUUUUUGUUACUUUUUUUAGGUUUAACUUUAUAGGGAUUUGUGAGGUGAAAAUUGUCCCCAUCAUAAUUUUUUAAAACAUUUCCACUCUCUGGGGCCAGCCCUGAUGGGCUAGCGUAAGAGCUAAAUUUCGGCGCUCUUACCGCUUCGAGGCCCGGGUUCGGUUCCCGGGUGGGGAACCACCCCACGCCCUCUGUCAGUUGCCGUGCUGUGUCUCUGGCACACAUGGAAGAACUAGAAGGACUUGCAGGCAGAACAUUCAACUAUGUAGUGGGGCUUUGGGGAGGAAAAGGAAAAAACGUUUUCACUCUAAUUCUUCCAUGAUUGGACAGUGGGAUUAUCCCGGGGUUCUUCAUGUUGAUAGGGCAACACGUAAUGUGAAAAAGAUGAGAAAAGAAUCAGUACAUCCCUAAUACACUUUUCUACAUGCCCCAUGUUAGAAAUUCACGUAAUUACAUAAAUUAGGACCCAAACAGCACAGAA